AUGAUUUCCUCCCGCCUCGCGCGCGCCGGUGCGCUGCUCUUCGGGACCCGGGCCUACGCUACCGUUGACCCCCUUGACAAGAAGGUCGAGAUGACCAUUCAAGAGAAGGGUAACUACAUCAACUACAAGAAGAUGAACGAGAACCUCAACAUCGUCCGUGGUCGUCUUCAGCGCCCUCUGACCUACGCCGAGAAGGUCCUGUACUCUCACCUUGACGACCCCCACGGCCAGGACAUCGAGCGUGGUACCUCCUACCUCAAGCUCCGUCCCGACCGUGUUGCUUGCCAGGACGCUACUGCCCAGAUGGCCAUUCUGCAGUUCAUGUCCGCUGGUAUGCCUUCCGUCCAGACUCCUACCACCGUCCACUGUGACCACUUGAUUGAGGCCCAGAUUGGUGGUGAGAAGGAUUUGGCUCGCGCCAACGACAUCAACAAGGAGGUCUACGACUUCCUUGCUUCCUCUACCGCCAAGUACAACAUCGGUUUCUGGAAGCCCGGUUCUGGUAUCAUUCACCAGAUCGUCCUGGAGAACUACGCUUUCCCCGGUGGUCUGAUGAUCGGUACUGACUCUCACACCCCCAACGCUGGUGGUCUCGGUAUGGCUGCUAUCGGUGUCGGUGGUGCUGACGCUGUCGACGUUAUGGCUGGUCUGCCCUGGGAGCUGAAGGCCCCUAAGGUUAUUGGUGUCCGUCUGACCGGUGAGCUUUCCGGCUGGGUUACCCCCAAGGAUGUUAUCCUUAAGGUCGCUGGUCUCCUGACUGUCAAGGGUGGUACCGGUGCCAUCAUUGAGUACCACGGUCCCGGUGUUGACUCCCUGUCCUGCACUGGUAUGGGUACUAUCUGUAACAUGGGUGCUGAGAUUGGUGCCACCACCUCCAUGUUCCCCUUCAACGACCGUAUGUACGACUACCUGAAGGCCACCAAGCGUCAGAACAUUGGUGACUUCUCUCGUGAGUACGCCGCCCAGCUCCGUGAGGACGAGGGUGCCGAGUACGACCAGCUCAUCGAGAUCGAUUUGAACGAGCUCGAGCCCCACGUCAACGGUCCCUUCACCCCCGAUCUUGCCACUCCUCUCUCCAAGUUCAAGGAGGCUGUUAAGGCCAACAAGUGGCCCGAAGAGCUCAAGGUCGGUCUGAUCGGUUCUUGUACCAACUCCUCCUACGAGGAUAUGUCCCGUGCCGCCUCCAUCGCUCGCGAUGCUCUCGACCACGGUCUCAAGUCUAAGUCUCUGUUCACCAUCACUCCCGGUUCCGAGCAGAUUCGUGCUACCAUCGAGCGUGAUGGUCAGCUCGCCACUCUUGAGGAGUACGGCGGUGUUAUCCUGGCCAACGCUUGCGGUCCUUGCAUUGGUCAGUGGGACCGUAAGGAUGUGAAGAAGGGUGAUGCCAACUCCAUCAUCUCCUCCUACAACCGUAACUUCACUGGUCGUAACGACGCUAAUCCCGCCACCCACGCCUUCGUUGCCUCCCCCGACCUUGUCGUCGCCAUGACUGUUGCUGGUUCCCUCAACUUCAACCCUCUCACCGACUCCCUGAAGGACAAGGACGGCAAUGACUUCAUGCUCAAGCCCCCCACCGGUGACGGUCUCCCCCGAGCGUGGCUACGACCCCGGUAUGGACACCUACCAGGCUCCUCCCGCCGACCGUGCCUCCAUCAACGUCGCUGUCUCCCCCACCAGUGA